GUUUCUGGCAUCAUUGUUCAAAAGAAAAUAAGAAAAUCAUGUCGACGCUUCAACUGGAAUUUUCUCAAGCUAUGGCCGAUUUUAAGAAAAUGUUUCCCGACAUUGAUCGCGAGGUAAUUGAGGCCAUAUUGAGGGAAAAUCAGGGCGCAGUUGAUCAGACAAUAGAUGCCCUAUUGGCAAUGUCCAUUGAUAAUCAGAAUGAAAAACUGCGCAAUGAACUGGAUGCUAAUAUCUCGCCACAACAGAGUCUCAUCAAUCUAAAUGAUUCGGACAAAGAUUUGCGUCGCAAUAACCAGCAGCACCACCAACACCACCAGCAGGAGCAACAGCAUCAGCUGCUCAUUGACACUACAGACGGUGGGGCAGCCGAAAGCGCCGGCGGCGGUGGAGGAGCUGGUGCUGGUAAUCUCUUAAGCACGGCCAGUGCUUCGCCCAAUCAUCACAAUACUGGAGCAUCACCCAAACAGCGGCCAUUGGGGGCGGCCAAUAGAAGUCUACAGAAUACGCCCACAAAACGAAGGGAUUUCUCAUCGGUCUCGCGUCGCUGGAAUCCCCCAAUUCUUGGUGCCCUACCACCAGGAUUUCUACGUGUGGCACCUGCUGCUGGUCAGCAGGAUUUCGAGCUACCCGAUGAACAGUUCGCCUUAAUGCUGCAAAACGAAGAGUUUAUGAACCAAUUGCGUUGGAAUCAAGACUUCAUGAAUGCCCUGGAGAAGGAACAGAAUGGCAAGACCAAAAGUGGUGAAGAUGAUGCACCAUUCCAGGAGCGUCUCAAGAAUAUGGGCAAAAUGUCACGUAAGAAAUUCCUACAAAUGGCACGCGUUUUCACCUGGCAGCGCAAUAAAAAAGUAACCACGGCCAAGCAAAUUGACUCAUUGCCCCUAAGGGAAGAGCCGAGCGAUGAUGAGUCCAGUCAUCAUCAGCAACAGCACCAACAGCAGCAGCAUCAGCAACAACAUCAGCAUCAAGAGCAGGGUCAAUUGCAGUUGCGCAAGUGAAAGGCGUCGUCCGCAUUGUAUUUAAUUUUUGUUAUCACAUUAUUAUUAUUAUUAUUAUCUCUUAUCUCAAAGGCCAUAACGUGAUCAUCACGGAAAGCUAAAACGCAAUCUCUCCUUCCCCUUUUUGGUCCAGAAACAGAAAAGAUUAAAUCAAAAUUCACGAAAUACUAGAAAUUUCUAGUAAUAGGAUUUUUGAUAUUUAAAAAUUUCGUACAUUUUGCACCAAGCAUCUCAAUCGACUUACGAUAUCUCAAUUCCUUCGUUUUUUUCGAAACUUUUGAUUAUUAUUCGAAAAACAAUAUACACACAAACUUGUGUAUAGGAUAUAGAGUUUUCAAUUUUGGCAGCUUAAAAAUUUCAAAAACCCUUUUAAUGUAGAAUUUUGAAUCUCUAGAGUCUAGAUCAUUCCUAGAUUAUAUAAUGUGAUCAAAAUACGGUAUUCAAUUGAUAUAUCAAAAAUCCUAAGACCCCCCACCACCACCCGGAAUCUCACGACUCUCAUUCUCAAAAUGACAUAUAUACCUAAGUAUGUAUGCAUAUUAUAUUAAUUCUAGUUUUAAAUAAUCUCAUAAUAACCUAAAGUGCAAUUUUUCUCGAUCCCCAAUAUAUCCAGUGCAAUAACUCAUUAUAUUAUUAAUGAUUUUACCUUAA